UUGUGUCGGCGCAAAAUUUCCCAUAAAAACUUAGAUCAGAUCAGAAAAUCGCGAACAGUACAUACUCCCAUAAAGAAAUUACCGUUUUAUAAAUAUCUACAAUGGGCAUCUCGGAGACAAUGAACUACGUUCUCUACGAGAAUCCAAUUUCUCAAAGUAUCCAGAAUACAACUAAGAGCAUCAUGAAGCCAAUUUUAAAUGGAACUACUGGAUUUCAGUCAUCACAAGCACCAGUCCAAAUCAUUACUAAGCCAGAACCACUGUGGCAACUAGCCAAUCAGUCUGGUCCAUUCAUUAAAAUAGCUGCCCUUUCUGGGGCUCUGGCAGUGGCCUUGGCUGCAUAUGGCUCGCACAAAAAAUACCCAAAGGACCAAAUUGUUGAGUUGAAGGGAAUAUAUGAAAACGCCAACAAAAUUCACUUUUUCCACACCCUAGCACUCAUUGGUGUACCAAUGACAAGAUCUCCAAAAAUUUGUGGCAGCUUGCUUAUUGCUGGGACUGUGUUAUUCAGUGGUCCCUGUUACUAUCAUGCCUACACAGGUGAAAAUAAAUUUGGCAAGUUGGCCCCAAUAGGUGGGACUAUACUCAUCCUAGGAUGGUUGGCGAUGGCUUUUUAAACUAGAAACAAUAUUAAGAAAAGGUGAUUAGCCCAAUUAAUAUAUGAUAUUAAUACCCAAAGAUUUAAAAAUAAAAUUACUGGAAUGUUU